UUGAAUAUUCUAUAGUCUCAAUAAUCGGAUCUCCCUGAUUACCUGGGCGCUGGCCACCUGGACGACUUAAUGUCGCGUUAUCUGUACACCGAUCACAUCCUGGAAGCCUUCAAUGUCUUCCAUCGACCCAUGGAGCUGGAUGAGGUGGCCGGCUAUGUGGCCGAAAUGGAGGCCAAGUCCUUGGAAGAGGUACGACUGGCGGUCGAUAAUACCCUAACUGCCGCCUGGUUGCAUGGUUUUAUCAGUCGGGAAGACGAUAUGUUCACUCUAACCUGUGGCUAUUGGGAUGAUGAAGAGCGGGGCAUGUCGGGGAAGAGUCAUUUGACUAUAAGUCCAAGUGCAGAGAAAAAAGGGGAGUCUCCUGGUGGCAUCCGGGAUAUGGAUUAUGGGGAUCAGAUACUAUCGGCCUUCUUGGAUCGACGGUGUCCCCUCUCACUCCCUACUAUUGUGAGCUAUGUGUCAAUGGCCAUGAACAGGAGUCCAGCGGAGGUCUAUGAUGAUGUAAGAUUUACCCUUGAAUUGGCCUUAGACCAAGGUUAUUUACAGCAGCAGCAAGAACAUGUCUUCCUUUUGCCCAAGGACUUUACCCCCGUAACUACAACAUCUAAAUAAAUAAGUAAGAGACUUUUAGAAUACAAAAA